GAGUCACCGUCACAACUAGAAAGUUGAAAUGCACCAGCGAAUUCCUCUAAUUUAUGCGUGAUAGUUGAUAUGCCAUCUUCAAAAGGCGCUACCAAACCAUCUUCAUCCAACAUUCCACCUACGUUUAAUAUAGCUAACAUUCUAUCACCUGAAACUCAGACAGAAACAUCAAGAAGUAGACAGAAUGGAGACGAUACUGAAAUCACCGAGAAUAUUAAAUGUAUUGAGAAUACACAACCAAUUUUAAAUAAUCGUGAUAGAAUGUUAGCUAUAUUAAACGUAGGUGGAAUGUUGGAUGAAGAUGGUUUGGUAGCGCCUUUUGAAGAUGGCAUAUCAACUAUCACGCAUAAAUUAGAGGAAUUCGCUGGUGCAUUUCAACUUUCUAGUUGUGACGGUGACUCUGCAGAAGGUAAUGGCAUAUGUAUGAAUGAAAAUUGA